CAAUUCUAGCCGGUCGGCAUAGCGACGCUCAUCCCUAUUUUACACCAGGUGGCAACCCUUUCUUUUCACAAAAAACGUUUUGCGAUUCCGUGCUGCAGCCGCUUUUCUUAGGUAAUCAUGCCCGAGCUGACUGAAAUUAAAAACGAGGCACCUUCGACCUCCGCCGAGGCGAAGCAGACCGAGGAUGACGUUCGCGUCGAGGAUGAUGGCAGCGAGAGCGAUUCGGAAAUGAUUCCCGAUCUGGAGGAAGCCGAAACCGGCACCACACAGCUGGGCGGUGGCGCCACCGGUCUGCCCAUCGAUGUGGUCUCCAAGGCCAAGCAGUCGCGCGGCGAAAAGAAGGCGCGCAAAAUUAUGCUGAAAUUGGGCUUGAAGCAAAUUCAGGGCGUUAACCGCGUAACAAUUCGCAAGUCCAAGAACAUCCUGUUCGUCAUCAACAACCCAGAUGUGUACAAGAACCCGCACAGCGACACAUACAUUGUGUUCGGUGAGGCCAAGAUCGAGGAUCUGUCGCAGCAGGCUCAGGUGGCUGCAGCCGAGAAGUUCAAGGCCCCAGAGGCUGCCGGCGGUGCUGAUAGCGUGGGCGCCACCACAUCUGUGGCACCUAUUGCCGAGGAGGAUGAGGAGGAGGUCGAUGGCACUGGCGUCGAUGAGAAGGACAUUGAGCUGGUCGUGGCACAGGCAAAUACGACGCGCGCCAAGGCCAUCAAGGCGCUCAAGAACAACAACAACGACAUUGUAAAUGCCAUCAUGGAGCUGACAAUGCUCUAAAGGAUUAACCCAGGAACUUGGUUGCUUUCGUUGAUUACCCGCCUUUCGAUACAAUUACAAAACAAACAAAGAUAAAGAUACCCUCUAAUCCCAAAUGUUAUGCGCAUGCAUCUCUGCAUGCUUGUACACCAGUCGAACAUUUAACAAUUUAUCAGGAGAAGAAUAAAGUGACAUACUUUAUAAAUUAA